UCUGCCCCGUUUUAGGCAGCAGGCGUUGCCAACCGGCACUUCCUGCCUCAUGAGCUGUCACAGAUGUCGGCUCAGUUGGGAGGUUGUUGUCUUUCAACUUAUGCUGCAUAAAACCGUAGAGGACUUGUAAAGGUCUGCUUCUGCGUUCUGCUUUUUUUUUUAAAUUUUCCUCUCAGCGCAGUAACGUAGCGACAGCACCUCUUUGUUCAAUUGCUCACGUUUAUCUGCAAACCUUGUGUUUUGUGAAAUAAUAUGGGUUAGUCACGGUGAAGGUGGAUACUUAGAUCUUAUGAAGUGAUCUGCUAAUUCCACAUGGUGGAGUUGGCAAUGCGAUUGACGCUCAGUAAUGAGAUUUUUCCCUCCUGAUCCUUCUUUGCCGUGUAGAUGCACUGCGACCUGUUUGUUUGCUAUUUUGGAAUGUUAAGGAAACUUGCUAGAGGAAGUGGGAGUUGUUCUUCCCUAAGGAAUAUGCGUACCUUCCACCCUGUGCCGUCCCAUUUUUUGUUGUAAGUGGGCUACAGAAAAGGCAAGUUGUAGUGAGAUCAGUUUAUUUUAUCAGAGCUUUAUUUCUUUUUUUCUGUUUCUGCGAUUAUUUCUCAUUCAGAAUUUGGUGGUUUAUUUACCGUUCCUCAGCUGGUUUCUACAGAUAGAUUAAAUGUGAUCUAAGAAAAGCUUGAUAGCAUCUCUCGCGAAGGCUGUGAUCAAUUAUGGAGCACUAAGCUGUAUACAAAAGCAGAGCGUUACAUUUAGGAUGUAAUGAAAAAAUUGGGAAGUACUGUUUGGAGGAGAGCAAUGCAGGCUGGUUCAGAGCAGCCUCGGAUGUGCAAGUGAAAAGUAAAAAAGAGAGAGAGAAGGGCAGCCCGUAGAUUGUCUUCUCUAAGGAGGAAUCUUCAUCACUGCCAUGUGCAAUUGCUCUGGGUCUGGGAAUCUACUGUGACUGGAGGCGUUCCGGUGUUGACGCUCAGUGAGAAAACACAAAGAGAACGACUGGCACAAAAAGUUCUGCAGUUGCAGGGAAGAUAUUAUGCAUUCCUACCAUAAAAGAGUAGAUUCGGAAUACUCUGCACGCCAUAUUAAGAGACCUUUGUAUCUAUAGAUUAUCACAGUCAAAUGAAUAUUUUCCUGUGCGGUAGAAAGAACAUAACGCCAGGUCUCCGCUGGACUUGACCCGACAUUUCCGCAGGGAAUGUUCCGUCUUUUUGAGCUUCCCGUGCUCAAGGCAGGGCGGGCAUGUCUCGUUGGCGCUCGGUGCGUGCAGUGCCGGGAGGAGGCUGCGGGCGCCGCUGUUGACCGAGAGGAGCGAGAGGAAGGUCGGAGCGCUGCAGCCCCGCCCGCUGCGGCCCGGCUCGAUCGCUGGAUCGCUGGAUUCCUGGAUCGGAAAGUGGUCUGUUUCCGAUCGUCCCAGCGGUGCGGAGCCGAGCUCCAGCGAGGCGGAGGGGCGGGCGGCACUUCCCAGGAGCGGCAAGUCGUAGCCGUAGUGGGAGCCGGAUCGGCGAUCGGCGGCGGGGAUCUGCCGGCGGUGUUGCGGUGCCGGCGGUGCGGCGGCGGAGAUGUGCGCGGCGGGGAGGCGCUGGGGCCGGCGGCAGCGAGUGCUGCUGUGGGGCGUCCUGCUGGCGGCCUGGGAGGCGGCGUGGGGGCAGCUGCGCUACUCGGUGCCCGAGGAGAUGCCCAAGGGCUCGUUCGUGGGCGACGUGGCCAAGGACCUGGGGCUGCAGAUGCCGGAGCUCCGAGAUCGUGGUGCCCGCGUUGUCACCGGAGGUAGGACGCAGUAUUUUGCUCUGCACGGUAAGACGGGACAUUUAGUGACGGCCGAGAGGGUCGACAGAGAGCAGCUGUGCCGGCUGGUGGAGCAAUGCGUGCUGCGCUGUGAGCUGAUUGUGGACGGGGAAACGAAAGUUUAUGAAAUCGAAGUAGAAAUCACGGACAUUAACGACAAUGCCCCGACCUUCAAAGAAAUCGAACUGCAGGAGAGGAUAAGCGAGAUGACAAGCAAUGAGGAUGAGAGGCUGGCUUCCUGCUGGGAAAACUGGAGGAUGAAUGUGUUUUUGGCUGAGCAGUGGUCUGAUGUUGUGCCUGGUGCCAAGGCCUGUGCCAUCUUUUCUGUGACCCUGGUUUCUCUGUCCUGA